ACUUUUCCACUUCUCCACAACAAACUCACAUCAAGUGACCGAACCCACUCCCUCAAUCCCCGCAGUUUCCAGCUGUUCCACUCCAGAAACCCAUCAAAAAUCCCACCACUGCGUGAUUUGCGGCUUUCCAGCUUCAUAUAAAUGUGCCCAGUGCCAGCAAGUCUGGUAUUGUUCCUCUGCACACCAAAGACAGGCUACUUUUAUCACAUACGCUCCUUAAACCCACAUUAACCCUCGCUCUAGGCAUGGCCAAACCACAAACGCCUUUGCAAGAUCUACAAGAACACAUCUACUCCAUCCCUUGAUACUUAUUGCGGGCUCUGCGGAAAGACACGCCAUCUAACUCGUACGGAAUGCUGCAAUCGUGCAAUUUGCGAUGACGAGGAAAAUUAUCAAAUGUUCAGCUAUUCUGCUGUCUCUUGCAAUCGCAAUCAUCGUCGUUAUACCUUGUGUGGUUUUCAUCACAAUGAGGGCCACGAGGACAAAGAUUGGAGAAAAUGUGAGGAAUGCGUUGGGGGAAAAACAUUCGAUAAUAGCACCAUCGUUACUCAAGGCACUAGUGGGUUAUCCAUCUUUCCUCAAAGUUGAGAAAUGUAUCGGGGUUGCUAAUUGUUACGAAAUAUACUCUUCGUUAGGCUCAUUCAAUUUCAAGGAAGAUGAAUGGAGAGAUGCACCAGAAUUGGUACCUACCAAAUGCGGAAACCGUCAAAAGAUUGUUAGUACAGCUACUGAGAUACAUAGUGGAUGGGGCGAUGAUCUUCGAUGUAUGAACUGCAUUGGAACAUAA